AUGGCUUUCACGUAUAACAACACUAGCGUUCCUUUCGAUGCGAAUCAACCCCUUCCGCUGAUGGACAUUCAUCAGUUCGUAGGAGCGUUUCAAUAUCCGAUUGAUCAGAUUUAUAUCGAUAAGUUCUGGGAUGGGAUCAACGACCAUGAUCAAUGGAUUAUCGUUGAUUACGAGAUGCUGCAUUGGCUGGGAUACGAUAACAUAAGAGACAUUGAUAACAAAAUGCAAUAUCGCAGCCUUCUUGAGUCGCGCUUUAAUCAACCGAAUGACUAUGAUCUGAUCUCUAAAGCGGAUGAGCGUGUUAUAACUGAUCACCACGUCAAAUUGGCAUUAAAUACUAUUAUUGUCAAAGCGAGGGUAUUCAAGAAAACGCUGAUGAUGAUACAUACCACGCGCGCCGAGACUGUUCGAGAUUGUUAUCUUUUACUUGAAGAGAUAAAGGUCGACUAUCUCCAGUAUUCGCAUAAGGCUAAAGAGCAUAAUACGUAUCUGACCAUGCAGAAGACAAAAGCUGAUGCAGACCAACGGAUCCGCGAUCUAGAACAGCAAUUAGAAGAUGUAAGUAUUACAUUUAACAUUAGUGAUGAGCCUGUUGAGCGGGGAGAACAUGUUUAUAUCUUAACCAAUAAGCGAUACUAUAAGCAGUGUAUGUUCAAAAUCGGUAAAUCCAUCGAUCUUAAGAGCAGACUCAUAUCAUACAACACAGGCGCGGCUAUCGAAGAAGACGAUAUGUUCUAUGUCGCUAAGAUAGCAACGUUUGAUGCGCGCGGACUAGAGAAAAAUCUGCAUACGGCUUUACAGAACUAUCAUCUCCGGAAGGAGUGGUUUCGUAUCCCAUAUCGCCAUAUCGAGACAAUAAUCAAUAUUGUAACGCGCCAACAAGCACUGCUAUGA